CAUGAAAACGAAAGACGGUAUUUGGCUAUUGACUUUCCAAAAGAAGGGUUUUUAGGGGACAUUUACAGGAUUAUAGCAAUGUUUUAAUGUAUUUCCGAAAGAAUUUCGAUCUGAAUAUUUGAUUCGGGUGGUCAAGUCAUCAUCUAGAAAUCUGGAACCUAAACUUAUAUGGCGGCCGAAGUGCAUUUGACGCGAGAAUCUUCUCAAAAUAAUAAUGGUGUCCUUCAAAAUCGUUCAAGAAAUGUCGAUCAGACAGAUCUUCCCGCCACACGUCGUGAUAUUCCGGAUGAAGAACGAGUUGGAAACAAAAAGGUUCAUUGGUUUUGGGAUCUGGUAGCCUUGGGUUCAAUUCUUACUUUUUUAGUUGACAUUGGAAGCGAUUUGUUUGUAGCUGGUUUAUAUUUUAGUAAAGGACAGUACACGUGGUUUGGACUGACGCUGGGAUUUGUGCUUUUAUCGUCUUUUACGCUGCAAAUAUUCUCUGCAAAAUGGUUGUACGAGGAUACGCAGACCAUCGAAAGUAGAGAAGAAAAUUGGUUUAUUUACGUCUUGCAUAUGCUGCACCUUGGACCUCUCAUAAGAUAUUGGAGAGUUUUCCGCAGUGGAUGGAGAACAAGAAAAACAAACUGUAGCCCCUUUGAAUACCACUACUUCCUUGCUGAAUGGCGUGAUAUUUCCAUGUUACGGUURUUUGAGGCAUAUCUAGAGUCUGCMCCUCAACUCGUCCUUCAACUAUACAUUCUUGCAUACCACAGGAGAUUUAAUACCAGUAGUGACUUACUAACUGCCAUUACUGCUUCCUGCUCCCUUGUAUCACUUGCAUGGGCAAUUGUGGCUUAUACUAACUCCCUGAGAGAUGUUAUGCGGCAUAAAGUUUCAUGGAUAGGAUUUUUCUUUCAAAUUAUGUGGAGGUUAUCGAUGCUGGCAUCACGAAUCAUAGCCAUGGUUCUAUUUGCCUCAUUUUUUGGAAUUUGGUUAUUCGUUUGCAUUGGCGUACAUUGGCUGAUAAUGUUUCUGUGUCUGGUUUUGCAAUACACAGAUUUCUGCAUGGAUAGUCAAGGUAAUCACCAUCCAGGUCGUGAAGUGUGCUACAAUGGAAUUGUUGCCUUUAUUUACAAUUUUUCAUUCUUCAACAUCACUCAAGGAUCGACCAGACUCAAGCUCCUUCUUUUCUACUUUCUGAUGCUCCUAGAAAACACUGCCUCUGUCGUGAUGUGGUAUCCACAUAGUGCUUUAUUCGGCAAUGUUUCGAUUGUAGCAAUCAGUUUAGUUUAUGGUGGUUUUAUAGCUGGAAUUAUUUUUAUGCUAAUAUAUUAUCAAUUUUAUCAUCCUAAUAUUGAAGAAAAAGGCUUUUGCUUUAAGAGAGGAAAACAGUUUGAGGUUGAAAAUGAACAUUUGUACUUGUUCACUAGAAUCUGGUGCUGUUGUUGUGAGGUCAGAGCAAUCAAAAAUGCAGAUACAACCCAAGAUGAGUCUAAUGUGGUUCAAAGACUUUCAACGAGUAAUGGCAACAUAGAUUUAACACGCAGACCUCGGGAAAGUUGUAAUACCCAUCCAAGUAUCGAAAUAUUACCACGUCAUUUUUCCAAUGAAGAGAUUCCAAUAUUAGUCUCUGGUUCAGAAGCUUUGUACCUUAAAUCACGUGGCACAAAUGAAGUAUCACGAGCAYCUCCUGUUGGUAAUGGACAUGCUUCACCAGAAUUUUGGAUUUAAUUCAUAAUGAGAUUUUCAUUGAUUUUAGAAUAAACAGAAAAAGUUUUCACACUUUUUAGUUAGUUAGAUAGUGAUUUGACAUUUUAAAAWUUUAUUUCAGGCUUCCUUUGAUGAAUAUACCACAGGUAGACCAUUGGGGUGACAGGGUGACACUGGGGCAUUCAGCAUCAUAAUUCAUGCAUCAAUAUUUCUAAAAUUCAUGUAUUGUGCUAUUUUCACCUAUGACGCUCUUAUUGUAGCCUAAAUCAUGCAUUACACGUAACCCCUGUGGGACUUGAUUAUGGGGAUGAUGAUUUUUGUGAAGAUGAUAAUGAUGACUACUGUCAUAAUGAUUGUAAUGAUGAUAAUCACUUUUGUUAUGUUGGUGUUCAUAAUGAUGAUCAUGUUGAGCUAAGAUGAUGAUGACUGUUGA